CAACAAAGUACACAGGAACUAGGAAUCUUGCAUGUAUAAAAUCCUAGUACAUGCAGGUCCAUAGCUCCCCAAGUUUGUGAAAGAGAAAAAAACCAAAGCAAAAAACUAACAAAUGGAGGAGCUAAAAAAGCCAAGGCCUGCGACCUCAGACCCUGAAACUCCAUUAGGCUAUCUUGAAAGAGCAGCCACUGUGUAUGGAGAUUGCACCUCUAUCAUCUACAAGAACACCACCUACACCUGGUCCCAAACCCAUCUCCGAUGCCUCCGCGUGGCUUCCUCCAUUGCGUCUCUAGGCAUCAAGCGCCACGACGUCGUCUCCGUGCUCGCUCCCAACGUCCCCGCCAUGUGCGAGCUCCACUUCGCCGUCCCGAUGACCGGUGCAGUUCUGAACACACUCAACCUCCGUCUGGACCACCGUACCAUCUCCAUACUCCUCCGCCACGGCGAAUCCAAGCUCGUCUUCGUGGACAAGCUCUGUAAAUCUCUCAUACAAGAUGCCAUCUCUUUGUUCCCACCUGGCACUCCGAUCCCACGUCUCGUCCUCAUUGAUGAUGAUACUAAAGAGGCUUUGCCUCCUCCCUUGUCUUCAUCACCAGCCGUUGACUUUCUUUGUACUUAUGAGGACAUGGUGGCCAACGGUGAUCCUGGAUUCGAGUGGGUCCGACCUUUGAGUGGGUGGGACCCACUUGUGCUGAACUAUACGUCUGGAACGACGUCGUCGCCUAAAGGUGUGGUCCAUUCCCACCGAGGGAUGUUCAUCUCCACCCUUGACUCGCUUGUUGAUUGGGCCAUGCCCAAAAGGCCUGUGUUUCUGUGGACCCUACCGAUGUUUCACGCGAAUGGAUGGACCUAUGGGUGGGGGAUAGCAGCCGUUGGUGGGACCAACGUCUGCCUUCGGAAAUUCGAUGGGCCUCUGAUCCACCGUUUGAUCAAAGCCCAUAAGGUCACCCACUUGUGCGGUGCACCUGUGGUGCUCAACAUGCUUGCAAACACUCCCGUUGCUGAGCCACUCACUCACCGGGUUUUCAUCCAAGUCGGCGGAGCUCCGCCUCCACCGGUGGUGCUCAAGCGGAUGGAAUCACUUGGUUUCGUGGUGAGCCACGGCUACGGCAUGACCGAAGCAGGAGGACUCAUCGCGACAUGCGAGUGGAAGCCGGACUGGGAUCGGUUGCCGGAGUCGGAGAGAGCGAGGCUGAAAUCGAGGCAGGGAGUGAGGACGGUGGGCAGGAACCGGGUCGACGUGGUGGAUCCAAAAACCGGUCGGAGCGUGAAGAGGGACGGGUUGACGAUGGGCGAGGUGGCAGUGAAAGGCGGGUGCGUGAUGCUGGGUUACCUGAAAGAUCCAUUGGGGACGGCGAAAUGCUUGAGGGACGACGGGUGGUUCUACACCGGAGAUGUGGCGGUGAUGCAUCCCGAUGGCUAUUUGGAGAUCAAAGACCGAUCCAAGGACGUCAUCAUAAGCGGUGGAGAGAAUCUGAGCAGUUUGGAAGUCGAGUCGGUGCUCUACACCCACCCGGCGAUCAACGAAGUUGCGGUGGUGGCUCGACCCGACGAUUACUGGGGAGAGACGCCAUGUGCGUUUGUGAGCUUGAAGGAAGGGAUUAGAGGAAGCAAACCUAGUGAGAAGGAGAUGAUUGCUUAUUGCAGAGCCAAAUUGCCGCAUUUCAUGGUGCCCAAAACGGUGGUGUUUCAGGAAGAUUUACCGAAAACAGCCACCGGAAAAAUUCAGAAGUUUAUUCUGAGAGAAAUCGCAAAAGAAAUGGGUUCAGCCCGAGUGGGUCGGAUUCAGGGUCGGAGUCGGUUAUAACGGUUGAGUUAACUCAUAGGGUCAACUCGAUCUUGUUGCAUUUCUUACAGUCAGUCAAGCAAUUGGAAAUUGUAAAAGGAAAGCCGGUUUUGCUUGCUUUUGUGUGCGCAGGUGUUUGUUUUAUUGCUUGCUGUAAAACAAAGAAUAUUGCCUUUCUAGUUUUUUUCUAACCUGUUUUUCAUUUUUUUGGUUUUGUUGGAGGGGUCAAAGAUGGCUUUUUCAAUCAUUGUUGUUUGCAUGUAAUAUCUGUACGAUUAAAAUGUAUUGAAUAAGAAAGCUUUACUUCAAUGAAUAAGAAGGUUUUAAUC